CGUACCGCGCAGCGCUAGUAAAGACAUACAGUAAUAAUUGACCUGCUGAGCCCGUUAAGGGUCAGAACAGCAGACACUCACUGAUGGCCAGGCUGCAGUCGUAGAAGCUGUGGCUGGGAUCGCACUGGCAACCCCACUCCGUACACUCUCCGUUUCCGUUGCAAAAGUUGGGGCAGCGCAGCGCCGUCACCACCUCCUUGGACGUUCCCGGCGGACCAGCCACCUCCGAGGCUCUCCGGGUCCGGUUCUCCAACAGCCUCUUCUCGCACUCGUUCUCCAGGUACGGCAGCAGGGCCUCCUCCCAGCCCAGGUCGUCUUUGAGCUGCAAGUCCAGCAUGCAGAGGUCCACCGCCUCAUCCAGGCGCCGUCCCAGCAGCCCGCGGCACACCGCGCCGACAGUGGAGUUAGCCAAGGAUAUUUGGCACACUUCCAGAGCUUUGGCCGAGGUCAGGCCACUGGGUGUGGGCCAGCGGGGUCCCGCCGCCGGCUGGGCCUCUGCCGAGUGGUCCUCGGGGAAGAAGUAGGCAAAGUUCUCCAGAUCGGCCGCACUGAGGCUCUGAGCGGCGAAGACAGGCUGGAAAUCGGACAACGCCUGUCUCUGCGGCCUGGAGAGCGGAAGAUCCUCCCGGAACCCGCUGUCUGGUUCGAGAUCGCCGUCGCUGUUUGGAUAGUUCUCGCUGUGAAACCAAAGGUGCCUCCGCUCCAGAGGAUGGCUGUUGAAGGCAGACGUAUCCAGGAUGCUUUCCUCUCUCUCUGGACUCUUGAUGUAUUCCACCGUUGUGUCCAUCGAGGGGAACACAGAUGUGUAAUCCACGUUAUCGUAUGAUGUGCAGUCGGAGUGAGCGGAAGGACUGUACAAGUUCUUCAUCGCUCGGCUGGCGUGGUCUGACCUGGGUCGUGGACGCUGAGAGCCAGAUGGAGUCCACACCGGUGGCUGUAAACAGGGCCGUAGCAGGGGACAGGCACCGUGCUGUGCACGCUCACCUCGUGCUCUUUACCGUUCUCCGCUACGUGGAGCGAGUCUGGAGAAAACUGAAGAGAAACAGAGGGAGCAAAGAGCUGUCAGAAAAAGAGGUAGAAUACAGUUUCAGAUCAACUCCGUUCCAGCUGCCUCCCGAUCCCUCCAUAAUGGACCCGUUAGUUGGCUCGACGGCGAGGGAAACCUUGGAGCGAGUUUCGGCUUUGCUGGGAUGCGGUCCGACCGAUGCAGAGGUGGCUGCACAUCUGGACCAACACGACGCCCUCAGACAUCUCAGGGACCAGUUCCUGGUGCCCAAAAUAAAAGAUCUUCCUCCCUCUGAUCUCUCGCUGGUCGACGGGGCCGAGGAGUGCAUCUACCUGGUGGGAAACUCGCUGGGGCUUCAGCCCAAAACGGCCCGGAAAUACGUGGAAGAGGAGCUGGACAAGUGGGCCAAAGCGGCCAUCCACGGUCACACCGAAGGCUCCCGACCCUGGGCGUGGGCUGAGAACAACUUAGAGGAACUCAUGGCCAAUGUUGUUGGAGCGAAACCUGAAGAGGUGGCGCUGAUGAACGGCCUGACGGUUAAUCUCCACCUCCUACUGCUUUCCUUCUACAAACCCACAUCAAGGCGGCACAAAAUCCUCCUGGAGGAGAAGGCCUUUCCUUCAGACCACUACGCGGUGGAGUCUCAGAUCCGCCUGCGAGGAUUGGACCCUCAGAAGAGCAUGCUGCUGCUGUCACCCAGACCGGGAGAAGAGACUCUGAGAACCGAUGACAUCCUGGAGGCCAUCGAGAAGGAGGGCGACUCCAUCGCUGUGGUGAUGUUCAGCGGCGUUCAGUAUUACACCGGCCAGCUGUUCGACAUGGCCGCCAUCACCGAGGCUGGCCAGAGGAAGGGCUGUUAUGUGGGUUUUGACUGCGCCCACGCUGCGGGAAACGCCGAGCUCAAGCUGCACGACUGGGGAGUGGACUUCGCCUGCUGGUGCUCCUACAAGUAUAUAAACUCAGGUGCUGGUGGUCUAGCCGGGGCGUUUAUCCACGAGAAACAUCGAGACACCAUCCAACCUGCGCUGCUGGGAUGGUGGGGACAUGACCUGAAAACUCGGUUCCAGAUGAAUAACGUCAUGGAGCUGCAGCCUGGAGUGAGUGGCUUCCGACUGUCCAACCAGCCCAUCCUGCUUGUCUGCCCCCUGCAGGCCAGUUUGGAGGUGUUUAACAUGACCAGUAUGCAGGCGUUGCGCAGGAAGUCUCUCCUGUUGACAGGCUACCUGGAGUAUCUGAUCCAGCAUUAUUACAGCGAGGACGCCGCUCAGCCUCACAAAGCCCACGUCCACAUCGUCACGCCCGCGGACCCUCAGCAGAGAGGCUGCCAGCUGUCGCUCUCCUUCUCCGUCCCUAUCCUGAAAAUCUUCCGAGAGCUGGAGAAGAGGGGAGUCGCUUGUGACAUGAGGGAGCCCAAUGUGCUGCGAGUCGCUCCGGUGCCGCUCUACAACUCGUUUAGCGACGUUCACCGCUUCAUCCAAACACUGGGAUCAGCACUCACCGCCAGCAGCCAGUGAAUGAACUAUGUACUAUAGAGGUCAACCAAUAGUGGAUUUUACCGAUAGGUUGGGCCGUAUUUGCCGAUAACCCAUUAAUCGACUGAUAGUAUUUACACUUUGAAU